AAACGUUUACCAGUGGUCGAAAAGAAUGACCACGUUUUGGCGUUGGUUAUUGCUUAUGUUCGUAAUAUGUGUGUUAGUAACUAAUGUCGUGGCUGAUGAUGACGACGACGACCAUGAUGAUGAUGAUGAUGAUCAUUUUUAUGCAUCACCGCCACCACCACCAAGUUAUAUUUACAAGUCACCACCACCGCCAGCCAAAUCACCACCUCCUCCUUACCGUUACAAGUCGCCUCCACCACCAGUGAAAUCACCUCCACCAUCGUAUUACUAUGAAUCACCUCCACCCCCCUCUCCGUCACCACCACCUCCAUACAUUUACAAAUCCCCACCACCACCUUCACCGUCACCACCUCCUCCUUACAUUUACAAGUCACCUCCACCACCAUCUCCACCACCUCCUCCGCCUUAUAUCUACAAGUCUCCACCACCCCCGUCUCCAUCACCACCUCCUCCAUAUGUAUACAAAUCACCGCCACCUCCUUCACCUUCACCACCUCCACCUUACGUUUACAAGUCACCUCCACCACCAUCUCCAUCACCUCCGCCUCCUUACAUCUACAAGUCUCCACCACCACCAUCACCUUCACCGCCACCACCAUAUGUUUACAAAUCUCCACCACCACCAUCUCCAUCACCUCCACCUCCUUACAUCUACAAAUCCCCACCACCACCAUCACCACCACCACCUCCUCCAUACAUCUAUAAAUCACCACCACCACCAUCACCAUCACCACCUCCUCCAUACAUCUAUAAAUCACCACCACCCCCAUCACCAUCACCACCACCUCCAUACAUCUAUAAAUCCCCACCACCACCAUCUCCACCACCUCCACCUCCUUACAUCUACAAGUCUCCACCACCACCACCACCAUCCCCUCCCCCACCUUACAUAUACAAAUCACCUCCACCACCAUCCCCUUCACCACCACCACCAUACAUUUAUAAAUCUCCACCACCACCAUCUCCCUCACCUCCUCCCCCGUACUACUACAGAUCUCCUCCACCUCCCUCACCUUCACCUCCUCCACCAUAUUAUUAUACGUCACCACCACCACCUCCUCCGUCUCCUUCCCCACCUCCAUACUACUACCGAUCUCCACCUCCACCAUACUACAACUAG